AUGGCAUCCUCAACCACAUACCGCUUCGACAAGAUCGUCGCCUUCACAGUCGGAAAGCAUGAAGCGCCAUUUCACGUUCGUGAAGAUCGCUUACGCGAGACUUCAGCUGCGUACAGAGGCCGACUGCAAGAAUUUCGAAGAAGUCCUGAUGGCGACUGCUACAUUUGCCUCGAAGCUUUGCAUGAAGCCAGCAACGAAUUGGUGUUCUGCAAAUACUGCCGCGUUAACUUCCACAGCGACUGCAUGUCCCAAUGGACGGCGCAAGCAAAUUCGACUGGAACCGCGACCUGCCCAACGUGCCGCCGAGAUUGGCCCCGGAAUGAAGAACCCCUGUCUUUCAACGUAUCAUGUUUCCAGGCGCCGAUCUUCUCAAUUUACUACGAGUGGAUGCACUGGGAGCGCAUAGUCCUCCUAGAUGACUUUGGUCUUGAUGAAAGACUCUGCCAAUUAAUCAUAGCAUAUCUACUCGGACACAAGUUCGAGGACGACGCCUUCCAAAGCGCAGUUUUGCAGGCUAUGAAAGACUUCGUAGCCAUCAGGCUGGAACUUCCGAGCUGGAAAGUGGUCCGGCUCGCCUACGCAGUCGGACAUGUUGUCUCCGGAUCGACGACCGAGCCAUGCCCGCUGCGGAAAGCAUUCGUUGCAAUGCAUACAGGCGCGCGUGUGUGGAAGAAGAAGGGUGACAAGCAUCCGCUGGAGUUCGUUGAGGAUGUUGGGGACGCGAUGGGGCUGAGGAAUAGGAAACGUGGAAGGCAUCAGAUGACUGCUGAGUACGCGAUAGAGUUGGUCGGCAGGGUCAUAGAAGACGCGAGCGACAAUGCGUAG